CUUUCGACGUAGUUUCAAAAUGAACGCUUCUGCGAUUAUAUAGGCAAUAAAUAUUUUUUUCUUUAAUUUUAAUAAAAAUGAACAACGACAAAGAGGACCCGAAACUUCUAAAUCCAGAAUCUGGAGCUAAUUUUUUAUCCAGGUUGUUUUUCAUUUGGACAAUACCGUUUUUCAAAAAAGUUUUAAAUGAUCCCUCAAUAUAUUCCGAACUUCCAGCUUUGCAUUCCGACAGGGCGGACAUAUUGGGAAAGAAACUGGAAUUAUUUUGGGAAACCGAAGUAAAGCUAGCCCACUGCAGUCAAAGAAUGCCAAUUCUUUGGAAUGCGUUGUCUAAAAUAUAUGGUAAUAAGAAAAGAGUUUUCGAUUUUAUUUUGCUAUUUAACUAUGCUGUUAUGAGACCAGGACUUUGUAUUUUAUUGGCAGUCUUAAUUCAAACUUUUAGAGAAGAAUAUGAUGUAUGUGACAGAUGUAUUUCUGGUUCAAUAUUUAUUAUUGUUUCAUUGAUUACUUUUACAACUGAGCAUUUUGUACAUUUCCAACUAAACAAAUUAGGUAUGAAGACGAUAGCAGCUGUUUCAUCGUUAAUAUACAGAAAAAUUUUGAAAAUUGAAUCAAAACGUUUGGACGAGGCAACAAAGACAAAUAUUUUAAACCUGGUAUCUGAUGAUCUACGUCAUUUCCAGGCUGUACUCAAAUUUGGAUCUAUGUCAAUUAUCUGCGUGAUACAAUUUAUUGUCAUAGUGUUAGCUAUGUGGAUAAUUAUAGGAUAUCCGUCAUUAUCUGGUCUACUAUUGGUUGUAAUAGUUGUGUUUCCCAUAAACAGUACUUACUUAAGAAUGCAAAAAGCGCAUUCACUAAAAUUAAAAGCAUCCACCGAUACCAGGGUCAAAUUUAUGAAGGAAAUAAUCGAAGGAAUGAAAACCAUAAAAAUGAAUAAUUGGGAAAAAUCAUUUGAAAAAAUAUUAAAAAUAACGCGUCGAUUAGAGCUACACAAUGUUACAAAAUAUUUCAACUACCAAUUAACCUUCUACAGCAUCUUCUUACAUAAAUUUUGCACAUUCGUCUCGAUUUUAUUGUUAUUUUUUUAUAACAGAACGUUAGAACCGGAACAUGUUUUUCCUUGUUCGAUGUUUCUGUUCGUAGCGUUGAUAAGUAUAUUCUAUUGGAUUCCUAGGAGUAUAUCAGCUUAUGGAGAUUCGUAUGAUACUGUCACUUCAAUUACAAAGUUAUUGUUAAUAAAAGAAGUAAAAAAGGUUAUCGAUGCAUCGAACGAAAAGCCUGAGGUAACCUUAGAAAGGCUCUGCUUUCACUGGUCUCCAGAUGAUGAAUUCGAUUUGAGAGCUGAAGAUAUUAGGAUAAAACCAGGUAGUUUAUGUCUUGUUAUUGGUCCAAAAAAUUCUGGAAAAUCAACACUUUUACAACUAAUAUUAAAAGAAAUAUUACCCAGAUGCGGAAAAGUCAAAGUCAGAGGAUCAGUAUCCUACUGUUCUCAAAAACCAUGGUUAUACAGUUCCAACAUACGUAAUAACAUACUUUUCGGCAGAACCUAUAAAGAAACCAGAUACAAAAAUGUAAUUAAUACAUGCAACCUCUUGCCAGAUUUCAGCCAAUUCAUGAACAGCGAUUUCAGCGGCGUAGGCCCAGAAGGGGUUAUUUUAAGAAAUGAUCAGAAAUGCAGAAUUAGUUUGGCUAGAGCUGUUUAUCAUGAAGCUGAUAUUUAUCUAAUCGACGAUGUUCUGUCUUUUAUGGAUGUAGAAAUUAGCAAUAAAUUGUUCGACGAUUGUUUUACUAGAUAUUUAGCUAGAAAAACGAGGGUUGUGGUGUCAAAUCAGCUUCAAUUUUUAGAUAAAGCUGAUCAAAUUAUUGUUGUGCAUGAGGGCAGAGUCCAAAUCUUUGAUAAUUUGGCAAAAAUAAAAGAUAACAACAUAGACAUUUACACUUGGAUAGAGGACGAAAAGAGUCAGAAAAAAAAGGAGAAAGUAAAUUUGGAACUUAAUAUGGAUAAGUUAGAGUUUAAAAAAAGCCGGGAAGACAUCAGUUACUAUCCAAUAACGGUAACAAAAUAUUAUAAUAGUAUAUUCGAAUAUCUGAAAACAGGACAAUUUCUCAUAUUGACAUGUUUGUUGCUAAUAACAGCUUAUGUUGUAUCCACUUGGUGCGAUUAUUGGUUAGCUUAUUGGAGUAGUAAAACUUACAUAAAAACAGUAUACCCUACAAAAAUAUCCUCUUUAUUUUCAAAUAUAAUUGAAGACCCAACUUCUCCAACAUAUCAUGAAGAAGUUGAUUUUAAAGAUGCUCAGGCGGAUGUACUGGUAUACAUUUCUUUAGUAAUAUCUGGCUUUCUAUUAAUAUUAUUGUCAGAUGGGUUCUUAUUAAAUUUUUUUGAUACUGCUGCAAGAAGAUUACAUGAGAACUUGUGUUUUUCCGUGUUGCGUGCACCUAUGAAGUUUUUUUACACCAAUUCAAUGGCUAAAACGUUCAAAAUUUUUACCUCGGAUGUGGAAAUUGUUGAUAGGACGUUUCCUGAAACAUCAAAGGAUGCUGUAGAGAUUUUUCUGUUUUCCAUGGGUUGUAUGUUAUUGAUUUAUAUUACUGAAUACAUCAUGUUUUUUUCUGUAAUUGUAGCAGUGUUAUACAUAUUUAUAUUGCAUUUUUAUCUGGAGGUUACUAUUGUGUUAAGAAGUUUGCAGAAUACAGCACGAUUUCCUAUUUUAUCACACCUGAAGGAGACUUUAAUGGAUAUAACAACUAUAAGAACUCAUGAAGGAGAGGAAAAGUCAACUGCACAAUUUGAAAAAUUUUUGGAUAACCACACAAGCCUUCAUCGACUAAACCUCGCCUGCAUGUUUUCUUUUACAUUGUGGUCAGAUCUGUUAUGUAAUACAUUACUGUUUUUUACAAUAUUUGGAUUAAUAAUAAUUAACAACUGCGUUCAUCCCGUAGAACCCAGCUACGCAGGCCUGGCAAUCCUCCAAGUCUACCAAUUAACAGAAAUCCUACAUUACGGCGUAAAAAAGUUAAUUCAAUCAGCGCUUAGCACGGAAUCUAUAAACAGAAUAAUCGAGUACUCGAAAAUACCAUCAGAGCAACAUAAAAAGUAUACCGAUACCUUAGAAUUUACUACGUCAAAAAGUAAACUGUCACUGACUUCUCUAGUACAGCGUCGACUGGCACCAGAAAACUGGCCUGAAGAAGGAAUAUUUGAGUUCAGAAACGUAUCCUUGACAUAUUCGAACAAAGUACUAGGCUUGGAUGACCUUAACUUUAUGAUAAAAGGCCACGAGAAAGUUGGAAUAGUCGGAAGACCAGGAUCAGGAAAAUCCUCAUUGGUAUCAGCCAUUUUUCAUUUACACGAUUUUGAUGGCACAAUAUUGAUAGAUAAAUUCGAUACAAAACUGGUAGUUUUAGAAUAUUUAAGAAAGAAUAUGUCGGUUAUCCAACAACCUAAGCUUUUUUCUGAAUGUAUUGCUUACAAUUUAGAUCCACUUGGAGAGUUUUUAGAAUCAGAAUUGUGGGAUGUUUUAGAAGAGAUCAAUCUAAAACAAUGUAUCAAUUCACUUUGUGAAGCAGUUGAUCCUAGCAAUACAAAAUUUAGCAAUGGUCAAAUAUUACUUCUAUGCUUAGCUAGAGCUAUUUUAAGAAAGAAUAAAAUCAUUAUUUUUGAUGAAGCAACGACAGAUGUAGACGAUGAAACAGAGCAACUGUUUCAUAAAUUGGUAAAAAAACACUUUUCUGAUUGUACGGUCAUCUACGUCACCAGCAAUUUAAAUACAGCUGUUAUGGAAUGCGAUAGGGUCUUGGUAAUGGAAAAGGGACAAAUAGUGGACUACGAUCAUCCAUUUUCUCUGCUGGAAAGUGAAGGAGCAUUUUAUAAACUUGUUUUGGAAGCUGGAAAGCCUGUUUAUUCACAUUACAGGCAUUUGGCAUAUCAGCAAUAUGUGACCAAAUUUAGAAGCAAUGGAAUACAAUAAGAGUUUCAUUUAUUUUGUGUAUUUAAUAAAUUCUGUUAAUAAAAUAAAUUUGUUUGGGGGGCCGGGUGUUGGCAUCAGACUGGUCUAUUGACCAGAGAUAGUUUAUAUUU